AGAUGACUCAUGAGAACGCUGAGACACGUGUGUGUGUCGUUGUGUGUAGCAGCAGCAGGUAGCAGCGUAUGUGUGUUUGUGAGCGCGCAUUCUUUAGCGUAUAAAGAAGUCAAUAAGCGCGCCGAAGUAGCACGAUGCGGCUACGAGUAUUGGAUUUAGUCACUGCCACCUGUAUUCUCCGAUAAACAUCGUUUCUUUUCUCAUGGAUCCUCCUCACCAAGGUUACGAACAUGUCAUCACUGAAAGAAGCAAACAGGCAGAGCGGAUCAUUUGACUCUACGAAGUAUGACAUUGAAGACCUCCUCUUCAAAGUGCUCGUUAUUGGCGACUUUGGUGUUGGAAAGACAUCGUUAAUCCGGCGUUAUACAGAAGGUGUGUUCAAUCCGGCCUACAAGAUCACCAUUGGUGUGGACUUCUUUCUAAAGCACCUCGUCUAUAAUGGCAACAAGCACAUAACCCUACAGCUGUGGGACAUCGCCGGACAUGAACGCUUUGGAUACAUGACACGGGUGUACUACAAGUACGCCACUGCUGCUGUGAUCGUCUACGACUUGUCAAGGCCAGCGACCCUUCACUCCGUGUUGAAGUGGAAGGCCGACCUCACUGCCAAGGUGGAGCUGCCAAACGGACGGCCCCUGCCCGUGCUUCUGAUGGCCAACAAGUGCGACCUGGGCUCCCAGCCUCCCAAUGCCCGCUUUCUCAGCAACUUCUGCCAGGAGCAUGGAUUCACUGGGUGGUUCCCUACCUCGGCUAAGGAAGACAUCAACAUAAACGAAGCCAUGCGUUGCCUGGUGGAGGAAGUGCUGGCUCAGCGAGAGGACUGCCACCUGGUUGGCCACCACGACCAUCAGUCGCUGAAGCGCCUCGGCCCCCGCACGACGCCGUCCGGUCGCAAAUCCUGCUGCCACUAAUCACCAGAGUGAGACACUCAACCUUCGUCCAGGCGUUUUAGCCGAGCAAUUUGAUUGGCUCGCAGGAAACAACGUAACGAUGACCGACGUGGCGGGCCGCCAUCCCCGCAAUGAUUCGCGGAAGCGCGAGAAUGAGUUGGAGUGGAAGCUGUGGCGACCAGCCAAGCCGCGAACAAAGGCGCACUCUGAGUGCGCGGCUCGCGAUUGUGAGCUGACUUCGCCAUUGUAGCCAAGACAGUGCUACAGUUUAGGAAUUGACAGCUGGGCUAGUUGGUAACGGUUCUUUAACAUCUUAAAAGCAGCACAAAUUUUGGCAUGGACAA